AUGCCUUCACCCGAUGCUCGACUUGACUUUAGUCAUGGUAGUCCCGCGGAUGGCUCCCCGAGCCUACAGCGUAAAAGGGAUGUCGAAGCUAUGGAAGAGCUCCUACGACCUUCAAUUGUGAUUAAGCCACACCCUCCAAAUAUCUCGAUUAAACCUCGUAGCCUUCAGCCUCUAAUGAUUCUUCCUCGCGAACAUCUUCAACUCUCAUUCCUCGAUCUCUCUUCACCAUAUGGAAGUUUCGAAUUCUCACGAUAUUUCGAGUCUAAGGUUAAAGUUCUGGAACUCGAGAGUCGCAUAGGAUCUCGCCCUGUUGUUCUCAUUGCCCGACUAGAAUCCGACAAGACCCUUUACGUAUUGGAACGUCAGACAGAUGGAUUGUAUUCUCUCUGCCAAUUUGGCUCCUGGGUGGACCUUCGGGAACUUAGACGGCUUGCUACGGUUUCGUGCACCCAAUUUAUCGAGAAACGGACGAAUACUUUUAUAAAUUCCAAUACAUCAUACCCAUUAACCACUCCCCACUUACACCACGAGACUAAGAAGAGGAGACUUGCGAUAGAAGCCAUACAAUCUCUAGUAAAGAAACCUGCAAGAUCUCGUUCUGUUUCAACAACAUCCCAACUUAUUCCACCCGUACGGCCACUUACGCCCAGCCAAGACAAUGACGAGUCCCAGCCUGAGAUGGCCCAGAUUUCUCUAGAAAGUCUAUUCACCGAAAAGCCCGAAUCUCAAACUCAGAGCCAGGUUCCAAGCGCCCCUGUAGUGGACCAGUUGAUGACGACGCCAACUGCGGAGGGCAUAUUCGAUAAUAUUCGUAAUCAGUAUCUUGAAUCCCUUUAUCAUUCAAUGGGUUCCCUAGCAUAUUUUGCGAAAGGUCCUCUAUCUCGCGCACGUGCUGCUUUUCAUCUAGAUUGUGAUUCAAAUCUGGAUAUGAAUGAUCUCGUGGACUUCUUGAAAAGUCUUGUUAUGACAACUACACAGAUCGAUAAGAAGUACCGGGAAACAAUUCCGGAGCUAAUUUUUAAAAUGAAACCCAUCUUCCAAGACUCUGAUGUUGAACAAGGUAAUGCGAAGACUAAGAAGCGGAAGACCAGAAAGAUGAAGCUUGGCAAAAACGGCCUGUAUCCGAUGGAGCAUGAACAUAUUCAAAAGUGGUGGAGUGCUCGUAGGCCUGAGUUUGGGGAUGAUGAAGCAAUGACAACAACUGAACCGCCGGAGACUAAACUUCAAGUAGCCUGGUUGCGUUCGAGGGAGACGCAAUUGCAAAUGAUCAUCAUCCUCGAAAUCUUAGCAUUAGAACCAUUAGUUCCAUCUCAGAGUAACCAGGAUUCACAACUACCGGGCUUACCUCUCGAAGAGUUUCCUGCUGAAGCAUCCAAGGAUAACUCUACGAAGAAACGUAAUCGACAUAACUUACCGUCUCUCGUCAACGUUCAUGCGGAUCGACUAUGCAUUUGGCAAUCUACUGCGUUAGAUGAGGUUAAAUUGCCAGAUGACACCCAGGGGAGCGCGCAGUUGGAGACGCAGAAGUCGUCGAGGGCUACAUCAGACCCGUUGAAAGAUUUUUGUGUCGAUAUCAUCGUACCAUUCUUCUCCGCAAGAUUACCGGAAAAGUGUGAUUCGAUCAACCGUAAGCUAGGUGGGCCAGUCAUGAUGCCGCCAUCAAAACCUAAGUCGAGAAACCUGGAGAACUCGGAACCGGCCGUAAAAUCUAAGUCGAGAUCUAGCUCCGCAACGAAGCGUCCAACGUCAAAAUCAUCUAAGACACUUGAGAGUGUUCUUUCUAAAGAGACCGAGAAGCAUCGUCGAAGCAUGUCGCGUGGCCCAAGCGGAGUGAUAGCAUUGAUGAGAUCUGCUUCCACUUCCAUGUUGAAGCGAGAAGCCAGCGAGCCAUUAUCUAUCUCGAACAUUCCCAAAGCAGACUCUAUUACAUCUAAAGAUAAUACAUCGCGUGCGACUACAUUGGUACCCAUCAAGCGAAGAUCAGAGGGGGAGAGGGCAAAGAAAGACGCUUUAGUUAAGGCAGAAUUGCAUGAUGCGAUAUCUGCCCUUAGACGUCCUAAUAGGGAUGUUAUCGGCAAGGCCAUGGCCGAAGCAGAUGAGAGACGUGCUGUUACUAGUCUCUCACAACUAAAGAAAUCACGAAAGCCGACUCAACACAAACCCCCCGAUGUGGUCAAGGCAACUCCUAUGGGAAAGCGUUUCAAGGACGUACUAGGCAUGAGCGCCAGCACUCAGCCAAGUCGUUCACGAAAUAUGGGCCCUGCCGAACCAAGUAGUACACCCUCAUCUUCCUUGAUUCCUUCGUCCGCGCCAAGGAAGCGCACUCACGAAGUAGCAUUUACUCUCGAUAAAUUCCAAACCUCUCCUCGUUCGAAAGUCUCAGCAGAUCAAAUUCAGGCAACCCCUGCGAGACCUUCGACCCUUAGGCAGAGCUCUCUCCUUUUCCCCGAGGUCGAUGAAACAGAUAUUCUCGCAUCAUCACCUAUCAUGGCUCGGAAAGUGUCCAUGGCGUCUUUCCGCGACAGCGGAAUUGAAAUGCCUAGUUCUCCGCCUGGUGCGCUCGCAGAAACUCCUGUUAAGCCUCGCACCGCACCUAUUCCAUUAAAAAGGCUCGUGGCAGCUACACCAAUUAAACGGAGGAUUCUUGAUAAAGAUGUUGCAAAUAUCGCCGAUAGUAGGAAUUCUACUAGUGAGAAUGUGAAGGAACCCGAGAGGAGGGUUUCGAUUUUUGAACGGUUGGGUUGGGAUGACGAUUUUGACGAACUUGGUUAA